AUGUUCUCUAAAUUAUCUACCGUCCUCUUCCUACUCGGAUCCACCUCUACCUUCGUGUCGUCCUUACCUACCUCAUUCGUACCUCCCCAAAGCAAAGCAUUUAGUGGAUGGGCAGACGGAUAUUCCAUAGCGGCAGUAGGGCAAGAUAAGAAAUGUCUCGCACCUGCUCAAUCACCAGCUGGUGACGGUACCGAAAUUAUCGCCACAGAUUGUCAAAAUGCUUCUACUUGGAGAGUACCGAUACAGUCAUCAGGAGGGGCGGUGGUACAUGAGGAAAGUCAGUUGGUGUUGGAUUUUGGAGACGGACAAUCGGGAAGUAAAGUUACUCUACAAAACUUCACUGGAGAAGUAGAGAAACAAAUAUUCCACUAUGGCUCGGAUGAUCGACUGAGAAUCAAAAGUGGAACUAAUUGGCCUGUUGAUAGAUGUCUUGAUUUGGAUGACGAUGGACCUCAAGUCCACCAAUGUUUCCCUGAUAAUACCAAUCAAGCUUGGGUGAUUCGUCAAACACCCGAACCUAAGAAUUUGACGGAAGGUGUACCUCAAGGAAGUGAAGUGGCCGUUCAAAAUUCAAACCUCAACUUCAUCCAUCCCCGAGAUAGGAAAGAUAUCUGUGUAUCGGUAGUGAGUAGCUCAACAGCUCAAGCUUCUCAAGGUAUUGCCUUUACAUACUGUGCUGGUACAGGAUUUGCCGGAUCAGGAUAUAACACCUCUCACGAGCUUAUGGAAUGGUCCCUUCCGGGAUCUGGCCCAGGUCAAGUCAAACUUGGUUCAUCCAAUCUAUGCUUGGAGACCGGUGCAAAUGUCUGGGUAGAUGAUGCUGGUGGUUCAGAAACUCCAUAUUUCAAAGUACAGAACGGUAUGGAAAUUAAAUUAGAGGAAUGUGAUGAGAACAAGCCAGGUCAAAGUUGGUCUUGGGAUGGUCAAUUACUUAGAACAUCUGCGAAUGCUAAUCAAUGUCUCAACUUUGCUGCUGAAGCGGGAUAUGUCAAGAUGGACAAUUUCUUGAAUCUCCGUCCUUUACAAACUUGGGAUUGCUCAAACCCUGAUGGCCAAUUUGUGAGUUAA